GAGUGUCAAUCACCUGUCAAAGUGUCAAAAAUAAAAACAACCAUUCAAAAAAUUAAUAACUCCUCAAAAAUGUGGAAAUCGUCAAAAAUGGACCCCGUCAACGACAAAAACAACAUCUUCCACGAUCUCCUCGAAGCAUGUAAAUAUUCGGUGCCAGGGUCCCGCCUUUCCAAUUCAUUACGAAACCGUCUGGAGAAGUACCCUUUGAAUAUCCGUCGCGAAAUCGUAAAUCGUGUUAAAGUAGGUUGUUCCCCUUUGUUCCUCGCGUGUAAAAAGGGCCAGACUGAAAUCGUGGAGUACCUCAUCUCCGUGUGUGGAGCCGACAUUGAGCAACGUGGUUUGUAUGAAGUCCAAGACGACAGAUCAACGCACGUCGUUACCCCUUUAUGGUGCGCUGCCGUCUCUGGUAAACUCUCAGUCGUCGAAAUUCUGUUAAGGCACAAUGCAGACAUCAAUGCAGUGUCCGAUACAGGCUCAACCCCCGUCCGAUCAGCGUGUUUCAUGACGCAUUUUGAAAUAGUCAAGUAUUUAGUAGAACAUGGUGCAGAUAUCAACCGGCCGAAUUACAACGGGGGCACAUGCCUUAUAAACUCGGUGCAAAGCGCACACUUGUGCGAUUUCUUGCUAAAACACGGCGCUGAUGUGAAUGCCAGGGAUAUCCAGAACAAAACAGCCCUGCAUUAUGCAAUCCAAGAACACAGGUUAGAAACCACAAAACUGUUGCUAAAAAACGGCGCUAAUUAUGAUGCUAAGUCACGCUAUGGUGAUGACGCGCUCCAAAUGGCCUGCCUCAAAGGGGCUAUUCGCAUUUUCGAUUACCUUACUGCUAAUAUUUGUUAUACGAACGAGAAACUCGCCAACGCACAUGAAUUAAUGGGGGCCACGUUGCUCGAAGAGCAUAGUGACGCAGUGGUAGCGUUGUACCAUUGGAGGAAAGGGUUAUUGUGUAGACAGAAUCACGGUUUGUUACCUAAGCAACCCAUUCGAGAACCCAGAGAGGGUUAUAGAUACCAAAAAGAGUUUGAAACAAUGGAAGAGCUAGAUAAUAUUGCUACAGACUUAGAUUUGAUACGUACACAGAGUCUUAUUAUGGCGGAGAGAAUUUUAGGUCCCCAUCACAAAGAUACGAUCUUCCGAUUAAUGUACAGGGGGGCUGCCUAUGCCGAUAUGUUGAGAUACCAAAGGUGCAUUGAUUUAUGGAGAAGAGCUUUAGAGAUUAGGGUCGAAAAAGACUCGAUUUUGUACACAGAUACCUGUUUUACUGCCCAAGCUCUAGUCAGACAAAUGGUCGAUUAUAAUGAAAAAACCGUGCCCAAGAACGAGGAUGAUGCAAAACAGAGAUUCCAUGACGUAGUGUGUACCUUUAAAUUGAUAACUAAAGACAUUUUAGAAAUAAGGCAACUUUUAACUAUACGACCUGUGUACAAGCGUCAAGUCGACUUUUUCGAUAAAAUUUUAAAGUGUGUUACCCAUCUCAUAUACUUAAUGAUAGAAACGGCAAAAACUAGCGAACAAAUCGAAACUAUUGUUCAAUUAAUAUCGAAUUUAGUCCGAUUAGAUCCAAGGAGUGUGCUUUCAGAAGACUCGCUUUUACACUUGUGCGUCUCCAAAUGCAACACGAUCAGGUCUAGUUACUUUGUUGACGAAGACACCAUUGUGAUAUUCCCCAAGCCUAGCGUGAUUAAAUUUCUUCUAGAAUGUAGUGCGCAUGUCAACGCGAAGAACGAACAAGGCUCCACCCCUUUACAUAUCGCCACGGAACGAGAAAACUACUCCGACUGGUUAAUUAAAUUGCUAUUGCAAUAUGGAGGUCACAUCGAUCAGCCCAACGCGAGGGGCGUUUGUCCGUCAGAUUACAUCAUCGAUGUAGGCAAAAGGUCAGACGUCGACAUCCACAUUUUGAAUUAUGUCAAUUUGAAAUGUUUGUGCGCAACCGUUAUUAGUAAAUUUCAAAUUCCGUAUAAAAAUCAAAUACCGAAGACGCUCGAAUGUUUUGUGAAGUUGCACGAACCUUGAGAGAUCUGUUGAAACGUCAAGACUCAAAAAAAGUGAUAUUUUAUUUUAAGUAUUUUUAUAUAAAGAAAUUCUAGCUAUAUUUAUUGAGAUCAUGACAGGUUCGUAAUUUAUUUGGAAUUAUGUUGUGUUGGCAGUCUCGUUUGAAAUGGUAGCACGGCUAGCAUUUUGGACAGUUACUGCGUGCAUUUUAUGUUCCUGAAUAGACGUUGCUAAUUUUAUUAAAAAAAGAAGUGUGUACAUAAUUAAAUUAUUUUAUUGAGGAAAUUAGACCUUGUUACCAUUUUA